AUGCUGUCAUGUACAGCACAGGCUCUCGCUGCGACGGUUGAUGAUCGAAGGGAGUUGGUUUCGUCGAAGAAGCUCCAGGAGAAGAUCACGACUAAGAAGCUAAUGAGCAAUCUCGAGGUUCUUGACUCUAUUGCUAAAGCAAAUAAUGGCAAUCGCGCUUUUGGUCUUCCAGGUUACGCUGCAAGCGUCAAGUACAUCCUUUCGAAAACCGAGAAAUCUAAGAACUUCCAUACAUGGGUCCAGGACUUCCCUGCUCUGUUCAAUCGGGUCGACUCCAUCAACUUUAGCGUCAGCAAUACGUCGUACCAUGUGAUUGGCCUGUCCUACUCUCCAUCAACGACACCAGAAGGAUUGACACUGCCUCUCGUUCUUGGCGCCUCUGGACCUGAGGGAUGCACCAACGAAUCCUAUGAUGAUCUGGAUGUUGAAGGCAAGAUCGUACUUGUGCAGCGUGGAACUUGCCCGGACGGGACUACUCUUGCUGGCCGUGUCAAGCCUGCCGUCGCUGCUGGUGCCUCCGCUGUCAUCAUCUACAGCGAUGUGACAACCAAUGUGACAGGUGGCACUCUUUCAGCACCAAACCCGGAUGCGUACCGUCCAGCUGGAUACAUUAACAAGGUUGACGGCGAGGCCCUUGUAGCACGCCUCAAUGCGGGCGAGGCGAUAGAAGCAUACUUCCAGCAGACGCAGACCGUCGAGAGCAGGAUCACACAGAACGUCUUCACCGAAACCAAGGGCGGUGAUCCUACCAACGUCAUCAUGCUGGGCGCUCAUCUCGAUAGUGUACAGGCAGGCGCAGGAAUCAACGAUGACGGCUCAGGCACGACCUUAAUCCUUGAGAUCAGCAGAGCCCUUGAAAAUUUUGGAGUCAAGAACAAGGUCCGCUUCGCCUGGUGGGGCGCUGAAGAGAACGGACUGCUUGGCUCAAAGUUCUACACGCAGAACCUUAACGCCACAGAGGUGAACAACAUCCUCACAUACCUGAACUUCGACAUGGUGUCUCGCGGCUACUUCGGCGUAUUCGACGGCGACGGCAGCAGCUUCAACCUCACCGGUGCUCCAGGCUCCGCUGCGAUCGAGAACCUCUUCGUUGAGGACUUCACCAAGAAGGGCAUCAACGUCACUGCUGCUCGCUUUACCGGCGGCAGUGACUACCAAUCGUUCAUGAACAUUGGAAAGCCUGUGGGAGGUCUGCACACUGGAACCGGUGUUGAGCAGGAUCCUUGCUACCACCAGGCCUGCGACACAAUUGACAACCCGAACCCGCAGACGCUCACCAUCAACGCCAAGGCUGCCGCCCACGUCCUUUCGAUUCUUGCCACGAAGGGACACGAGAUCAUUCCUAAGAGCCCUGUCAACGCGACUAUGCUGACAACAAGGAGUUUAGGAGGUAUAGAGCUUCCCUGGACCGUACCUACUGACGGUGAGAGGCACUUGUUGACCUGUGGUCAAGAGGUCUAA